CAUCCUGUGCAAGGAUCUCACCAUAUCUCUGGUGAGGCCACAGCAGAGUGGUCAGGUGCUGCCUUUGAGGUGGGGAAGACGGGGAUGACACUUUUAUGGAUCCUAUUCAGCCAAAUAUUCAGGCAGCCCUAGACACGUGUCCUAAACAUGUGCUCCCAGGUCAGAGCUUCUGUGACUUUGCACAGCUUUGCUCAACCUGAAACCUGUGAUCACACCCAGGGUACAUAUCCGGAAAUAGAAAACAGAAAGAGGGUAAAGGUGGGAAGGAAUGAAGGAGAUUCCUUCUUCCUCAGGGUCUGCUGGUGGCCAGAUCCUUCCUCAUGCCUCUGCUCCCUAGGAGCAGAUGGAGAAAUCACUGGCCACAUCCAGACAAGAUCAUGGCCCAAGGUGAGCCAGGAGCUGUUGCUGAAAAGAGGUGGCUGAAAGCAUCCCUGUCCCGUUCCGUGCUGCCGCUCCCCUCCUCAGGCCGGGCAGAGGAUGGCUGCUGGCAGGCGCCGUGGUGCAGGCAGUGCCGGACGCUGUGGGACUUGUUCCUCGGUUCUGGAACAAUGGGAUAGCCAUGCCAAGGAGCAGCGUGCCCCGACAGGGCUGUCUGUUUUCUGCACAGCCCGGGGGUGGAGGGAGCCAUCCCAAUUGCUGGAUCACGAGAACAACUUGGGCAAACAGCUGCAUGGGGGCACUGAUGGCCAGGGUGCAGCUGGGGCACCGUCCCACCACCUCCUCCGGCCAAGUGGCAGGGCUGGCGGUAGCAGGGACCCUCGGCCAGGAUGUAGGCAGUGCAGUGGCCCCAUGCCGGAAGAUGUAAUUGUCCCUGCACUGUGGGGACAGGCUGCUCCGGGCGGGCGAGCAGGCGGCGUGCCCGGCCGUCACACUCCCGUGUCCCGGGCAGCCCGGCUCCGCCGCGUCCCUCCUCGGGGAGGGCUGGCAGGGCUGGAGGGUGUGUACAGAAAAGGAGAGCAAGGAAGAGAAGUGCCUCCAGAGCCCGGGUCCCACAGCCAUCCCUGCUGGGGCUGUCGUGCCGGCGCUGGCGGCAGAUAACGCCGUUUCCUUGCUGGCUGCUCGCUAUCAGCGUGGCGGCGACGGGCAGACAGGAUCGCACCCCGAGCGCUCCGUGCUGGCCGCUCUCGGGAAGGGCUCCUGGCCCCCUUCACCCCGCAGCCAGCCUCGGGCCGUUUAUUUUUACACGGGUUGUUUUCUUUCCGGCUUGAAGCCAUCCUGCACGGCGGCAAGAGCUGGGCCGGGGCCCCCACGCCUCAUUUCCUUGCCAUAAAACAACAAAGUGGGGGGUGAAGCAGCGCACUGGACUGGGACAGCGGGUCGAUGGGUCAGGACACACGCCGCAUCGUGGUUCCUCUGUUUGUCCCUUCUGUCUAUCCCCUGACCGGCAUCCCCUGGCGGUGCCGCCGCCGUGCUGCCCUUCCCGAGGACUCGAUCCUCUCGGAGCUGGGGCUGCAUGUCUCUGUGCCAGUGGGAGCUGGCAUAGAGGGCAGAGCCCAAGUUUAGGCAUGAUGCCCCGUUAGAUGGGUGCAACUGGGCACCCCAGAGUUUUUGCCCUGGUUUCUGUGCCUCUGCUUUGUGCCCACAGCCCCAAGCAGACCCUGAAGAGGCUGAACGCUGCAGCUCAGCUGUCUCUCCUGAAUUCCAGAGCUGGCAGGCACUGCCUGCACAUCCUGGGCACAGACCACUUCGUGCCACAGCCCACCCGUCCCGAGCUGCUUGUGCCUGUGGUGCUCCUGCCACGUCUGGGUUGGACACCACCUUUGUCUGGGGACCGUGGGCAGUCCCCUCCAGUGGGAUGUGGGAUAAGGCAUGUCUCUUCUCCCCUGGCUCUGUGGGUUCACCGGGGCUCUGCUUAGAACAUCACAGGAUCCCACCAGCCCCAACAGGGCACGUUUCUCCCCACUGCUGUCCCUACCAAGUCGGGGGCAGUGCAGGCAGCUGGCACACCGCAGAUAAGGUGUGUGAACAGCGUGUGGGCAGUGUGGCCGCACGGUGAGGCCAUCACCCAGGCAUGGUGGGCAGGCGGGGGGCCGGGGGCACCCACCCCAGCUCCGGGCUGCAAGCAGGGGGUUGGGAAAGGCGUGUGUUUCCCUUUAAGAGGCAGGCCCUGGAGCUGCUUCCUCUCAGCCCUGCAAGAGCCCUAAACACAGUGCAUCUGCCUGCAGCCUGCCUGCACGCCUGCCUGCAGCCUGUCCCCAACCAGCCCCAGGCUCAGGGCUCGGCCUUGCUUCCCAGCCAUGCUGCUGCUCCCACUCCUCCUGAAGGCCACCCUGCUGCGCCUGGCCAGUGGCUCCUACCACCCCUUCUACAACGGCUUCUACUACAAUCACAUCAUGAGUGACAAUGGCCACGGGGAGGACAAAGUGGAUUACUUCAACGGAGCUAGACUUGUGGUGGAAACCUCCAAAGACCCUGUGUACAGCUACAAUGGUGCCAAUGUCACCCUGCCUUGCCACUACCGCUACGAGCCUGACCUGGGACCUAAGCGCAAAAUCCGCAUCAAGUGGUCCAAGCUGCGGGACGACUACACCAAAGAGCAGGAUGUGAUGGUGGCCAUUGGCAAGACCUACAUGGCCUUUGGGGACUUCAAGGGCCGUGCUCACAUCCAUCAGGCCAGCCAGCAGGAGGCCUCGCUGGUCAUCAGUGAUGUGCGCUUGAAGGAUGAUGGCAAAUACCGCUGUGAGGUGAUCGAUGGGCUGGAGGACGAGAGUGAUGUUGUGGACCUCCGGCUGCAAGGCAUCGUGUUCCCCUACCAGCCUCCCCGCGGGCAGUACAGGCUCAACUUCCACGAAGCCGAGCAAGUGUGCCAGGACCAAGGUGCCAUCCUCGCCAACUUUAACCAGCUCUUCCAGGCGUGGAGCGAGGGGCUGGACUGGUGCAACGCAGGCUGGCUGGCCGAUGGCACGGUGCAGUACCCCAUCCGCCUGCCCCGCAAGCCCUGCGGGGGAGUGCACCUCGCCCCGGGCAUCCGCAGCUACGGCCCGCGCCACCGGCACCUCCACCGCUUCGAUGCCUUCUGCUUCUCCUCCGCGCUCAAAGGAGAGGUUUUCUACCUGGACCGCCCGGCUGGGAUGACGCUGGAAGAGGCCAAGCAGAGCUGCCAGGAUGCAGGGGCCGAAAUCGCCCGGGUGGGGCAGCUCUACUCCGCCUGGAAGUUCCUGGGGCUGGACCGCUGCAAUGCGGGCUGGCUGGCAGAUGGCAGUGUCCGCUACCCCAUUGUCACGCCCCGGGCCAAUUGUGGCCCCGCCGAGCCCGGUGUCCGCAGCUUCGGCUUCCCCAGCAAGGGCAGGUUUGGAGUCUUCUGCUACAGAGAGAGAUAAGGAGCCGAGAGGGAUCCUUCUUGGACGAAGGAUGUUUCCAGCCUGCCAGUGCCCAGUGUUGGGCAUUUCCAAGGGCUGUUUUGGGGGUGACUGGGGGGAGGUGGGAUGGGGGGAGGUUUCUUUUUGUUUUGUUUUGUUUCCUUUCUUUAUAUUUUCCACAUCUUGCUCAGCAGCUGGCACCUGCAGCUGCUUGGGGUGGCUGCCAGCUGGGCAGUGUGGGAUAGUCCCUGUUGUGGGAUGUGUGCAAGGAUGAUGCCCAUGGGCCACUGCUACCACCCCACUUGGCCCUGCCACCCCAUGGGGGGUGGCCCCUUCCUGCGGUGGCAGAUUGUCACUGACACCCACCUGCCCAUCCAGGCUGGUCCUGCCUCCGAGUUCACGAGGCAAGGCCAUGAGGGAGCGAGGCAAGGCUGGAUUUGGCCAGAGUAGAGAGCGGGCAUCUCCACUGCACCCUGGCCCCUCUUCCAGCCCCAUCCAUGUCCUGCUGAAGGAUGCCACUGUGCCUGUCCCUGCCAGAGCGCAAGUGCCUUAUCUCCAUGUGCCCCUUGCCUGAACUCCAUUUGAACUCUGGUGCCUUCUUCUUUGAGCGUUGGCUAUGAAAAGACGUGUUUUUCUGGACGUCUCCUAAUAAAAUGGUGGAGAAAGCCCUGGAGUGACAUGGCUGUGUCCCCAUCUCUGACCCAAGACAAGAGAAAGGUCUGCUAUGGA